AUGGCUUUUUCAACUAUUGUGUUCAUUGUCUGGUUUCUUCAUCUGACUAGAUUGCAAGCUGCUGCUGACCCGGAAAUAGGUUGUAAGAAGCCACUAACCUCUACAAGAAUUGUUGGAGGCCAACCAGCUUCUGAGGGGGCAUGGCCCUGGCAAGCAGGUCUUACAGUACUCAACAUAACUUUUUGUGGUGGCACCCUCAUAGACAAGAACUGGGUGCUGACAGCUGCUCAUUGCUUCAGCUGGAUGCCUGAAGGCUUUGAGGAAAUUUUUGUGGGGCUAGGUCACCAUCAACUCAUGAACCCUUCAAAUAACUCAAAGAAGUUUGGCAUCCAACAGAUUAUUCCUCAUCCUAACUACUCAGCUAAUGACACUAUGUAUGACAUUGCUUUGGUGGAGCUAAAUGACACUGUGGACAUCACCAAAUACAUCUUGCCUAUGUGUCUCCCAGAAUCUUCUGUGAAGUUCCCUGACAAUACCAGCUGCUGGAUCACUGGAUGGGGAAGAACAGAUUCUAAGGUGGACCUGGAGCCUCCCAAAAACCUUCAAGAAGUGGAAAUAUCUAUCAUCAAUACAGAUUAUUGCAACUCUAUCUACAACAUGUUCAAUAUUUCAAUAUUGCCCCAUUCCCCUAUCAGAGACGGUAUGAUCUGCGCAGGUAGCUUUGAGGGUGGCAAAGAUUCCUGUCAGGGUGAUUCUGGAGGACCUAUGGUUUGCCAAUGUGAUGGAAAUGAAAAUUGGCUCUUGACUGGGAUUGUGAGCUGGGGGUUAGGCUGCGGCAUAGCUGGUGUACCUGGUGUUUACACUUCAGUAGCACACUAUGCUGAUUGGAUUCGGCAUCAUAUACCCCACAUAACAUUUUCAGACUGCACACCUGAAAGUAAUAGUGUAACACCUGCUUUUAGUGUAGGAUUCAAUACUGUGCUUUUACUGAUAUCUGUCAAAUUGAUUGUCUUCUGAGAUCCUUCAGCUUACCUAUGUCCCCAGAGCUGGUGCAGCAGCUCUACAUAAAAAUCUACACAUUCUCCAAACUGGAGGAAGAUCAGCAUUAAAGUUCUAAUCAGUUUUAAAUCAAUAACAAAAUGAUUUAAGUCAUGUUGCUUACAACAAGAAUGAAGAUAAUACUGACCAUUCUUCGGUCUUUGGCUGAGAAUCAUGAUAAGAAUUGCAUACUACCAAACUUGAGAGGACCUUUCCAAAAUCUUCAGAAGCCUAAACUCUGAUUGCUGACUAUGGUACUACUCUUCCUCCUCCUAAUAUCA